AUGGGAACUGUAUUACAAGAGAGAGAACAGAAUGACUGCUGUAUUAAGAAACCUUAUGUUAUCCCUACCCGAAGCGGUGUCGGUGGUGUACCAGGUAGGACAAAGAUCACCAACAACGCUAUGACCACAGCAACCGCAGGCGCUACAAACAACAACAACAACAACAACAACACCUUCAUUCUUAUCCUUGCACCCUCUAUUACUAAUAUUCUUACGGUUGUUAAUAAUUGUGAUAUUGGGAGUCGGAUCAAAGCUUGUGAAGAAGAAGAAAAUAAAGGAAAGGAUGGUGGUAUUGGUGACCUGCGGAUAAAAACUUCUGUUGUUGGGGUGUUCGGUUCAGACCUUAACCAUCACCCUAGCUUGGUUCUCCCGCGAAGCAAUGCAUUAGGUAGGUUAAAAUUGAUAUUCCCAACCUCAUUCAACAUUACUAACAACAAUAUUGUCACCGCUAUCUCGACAACAACAACAACAACAACUAUAAAUGCUAGCUGUUCCCCCACGAAUAUUUUAUCGUGCUGGAUUAAGGCUUGUGAAAAGGGAGAAAGAAACCCGCAUGUUACGAGUUCGGACACCGAGGACCCUCGUUUAAAUUAUUAUCAAAAAUUGUUGAAUUGCCCAGUAUUUUGUGAGGAAUCGAUAUGUAGGGUGGUUCUGAUGGAGCUGCUCGUUUUAAACUCCCUUCAGUCUAGUUGUCCUGUUGUUACUGAUGCUACUGAUGAUGCUGUGUGUAAUAAUUUUGGUUAUCGUUGGUGUGUGAGAGAAAGGGGUUUACCGGGUCACAAUGAAAACCCUCUCUUGAAACUGAACUCUCAUCGAUCCUACGACAACGUCUCCAGGCCGAGUGACCACCGUUUAUUACUAGUAUUAUCUUACGACUGUGAAACUUGCCUAAUAGAGAAAGCCUGCGCCUGUUGUCAUCACUACCGACAACUUCAGCAUCAUCAGCGACCUCGUGGCCAGUACCAUCAUAGGAUUAGCAACAGUUCUUACAUCACUAACUGUAACAACUAUGUCUUUGACAGCAACAAAUAUGUCUAUGAUGGUGACAAGCGAAUCAUAAACAAUAAGAACAAUGAUUGCAACUUCGAUAUUAACAACGGCGAUGGUAAGAAUAAAAGAUGCAAAAACAAUAACAGGAGUAUUAACCAUUGCUACACUACAAACAAUGAGAAUUGCCUCACCGCCACGACCCUGAGUAACAACAAUCACAACAUUUGUACUGCCACAACCAUCAUCAACAACAACAACAGUAUUCAUGCUACUACAACCACUAAUGCCAUUAACUAUAACCACAAUGCCAUCCACACCAUCAACACCAGUACCACUAACAACAACAGCUAUACUACUAGCACCAACAGAAAUCGUAAACCUCAAUCACUGCUGUUCUCUUUAUAUCACCAGUUUGUUUCUGCAUUUUUCUUACACUCUGUCCUUUCUUCAUACAAUGUGAUAUUUGUAGCAUUUACAAUGUUUUCACUGGGGAUGCUGCCAACAACUAGCCAGGCCCUUCACCUGCAAGGUGUUUGGAAAAGUGACAACUUCUUUCUGUUUCUGGCAAAGUUUGGCUUUCAGAAGACAGACCUUAGAGACUUAGAACACACCCAAGGAAUCAUAUAUGGACAAGUGUUUUCUAACAGCAAAAAUCCCAUCUCAGCUGCUGACCAACACUCGUCCAAUCCAAAGCUGACAUUGGUACUGGUGGACAGUGAGUAUUUCAUGGAAUACUAUGGCAACCGGACUUCACAUGAUUUGAAUCGCUGUUCUCGAAUGUUUGACAAGAUUGAUACAAUAGCCUUUGAUUAUAAAUGUCGGCCUAAAGGGCUGGAGGACUUUCUUCGGAAGGUGCCUUGUUCUGAGAAUCAGAUGUGUGUUGAUGAGGAUGAUCCCAAAGAUGUCAUUGAUGGAUUUCAGUUUACAUACAGGAUCCGAGAUUUGGAAAGGCCAAGGUUUUGGUACCUGAGCUUGGCAGCGUGUCAUCGGAAUAAUGGUCAGAACAGCCAGAACAAGAGUGUGCAGUGCAAAUGGAUGCAGUCACCAAAAGGCAUUGAAAUAGCUUAUGACAUCUGGCUGGUGAAUGGACACCCGUCAAUGAAGCAUAUUAACCCUUUUGAGCACCAGUUUUCAUUUGAGCUUCAUGAUGUUGCUGAGAUCUAUCUGAUCGCACUGCUGUUGUACUGUAUCCUCUUUGGCACCUGGUUACGGGCCUACAACAAAUUAAUCAAGCACCCAGUUACGAAGCUGCUGACACUGACAAUCGUUCUUGAGAUGGUGGGGAUUCUGCUCAAUUGCAUUCAUGUCAUCAAGUUUGCCUUUGAUGGGGUCGGUGUGAAUUGGUUGUCAGUGGUAGGAAAUGGCAUUGAUGUGCUCUCCGAGUGUCUCUUCAUGCUGCUUGUACUUGUAAUCGCAAAAGGAUGGGCCAUCACAAAUAUGUAUCUUGAAGGUAAAUGGGUGAUAUUCUCUAUUUGGGGUCUCUACACAGUCCUCAAUGCUGUCUUGUUUGUGUGGAACCUGACUGAAAUCGACAUUAUUUCAAACACUGGUGAGUGGCAUACCGGCCCUGGCUAUCUGACCCUUGUCUUUCGUCUCACUAUUAUGCUCUGGUUCCUCUAUGAGCUACGUUGGACAUUCCUAAAUGACCCACAGUCAAAGCGUUUGCUGUUCUUCCAACACUUUGGCGCUGGUAUUCUUGUCUGGUUCGUCUACUUACCUGUUCUUGUCAUGGUCAGCUUACAAAUAUCAGCACUGUGGCGCUACAAGACUAUUCUCAGCAUCUCAUUUGCUGCUAAUUUCCUCUCUGCUGUCUGCAUUGUCCAUCUUCUCUGGCCAUCACAUUCUGUUCUCUAUCUGAUCAAACAGGACGAAUUGAUUGGAGACUAUGAAAUGGAAGUGACUGGCUUCCUGGAAGAGCCAGAGAAUUCUUUAGUACAAGAGGAAAUCCUUGACGAGGAACCAUUUGAGAAACAUUCUAAAAAACAAGAUAGUUCUUCAUUAUUGAAAACUCUGUCAAAAAACAAUGGACAAGCUCCAUCAGAGGAUAAGGAACUUCUACUUGAUUGACAUUGUUCUCUUUGGUUUUUUUCCUUAUUUUUCUUUCUCCAACCCAACAUAAUUUAUUUAUGAUGAAAAUUCUUGUGUUUUGUUUACCUCAUUAACAAGUGGUAAUUAUGUAUUAUUAUUAAAUUUCCAAACCUUUGUUUCCAUCAAA